UUCUAUGGAGACUUCUGAAUUCUUUGCGGGUAGUAAACGGAAGACGUUUGUUUUGUUGACUCGUUUGAAAAUUGUUCGCCCACAGUAUUUAGUUCCGCAGAAGCUGUGAAUCGAAUGAUAUCAGAAGACGCUGUAAUUCAAGAGAAAUUAGACGGUUUAUAGUGAAAAUGACCGAGGAAACACAGCAGCCGGAGGCACCCGCGCAAACAGAGUCACAUUCCAUUAAUCCGGAUGCAGCUAAACUUCGCGAUAAGAAAGAGAAAUGCCGACCUAUGACAAAGGUUGUAGUGCGACGAUUGCCCCCGUCAAUGACACAGGAUCAGUUCCUUGAGCAGAUUUCUCCAUUACCUGAGCAUGAUUAUCUGUACUUUGUCAAGGCUGAUAUGUCUAUGGGCCAGUUCGCAUUUUCACGUGCUUAUAUUAACUUCGUUGAACAACAAGAUAUCUUCAUUUUUCGAGAGAAGUUUGACAAUUAUGUGUUCGUUGACGGCAAAGGUACUGAAUAUCCGGCGGUUGUGGAAUUUGCACCUUUUCAACGGCUACCUAAGAAAAGAGUUGGGAAAAAAAAGGAUCUUAAAUGUGGCACGAUAGAGUCAGAUCCUUAUUAUGUCAGUUUCUUGGAAAGCCUUAAGAAUCAAGAGGCUGAUUCUGGAGUGAGUCAGCCAAAGACAGAAUAUUCGUAUCAACCACCUGACAACACACCGAAAAAGGUUACGAGUACACCGCUUUUAGAAUAUUUGAAACAACGGAAGCAAGAGAAACAGCGACUCAGGGAUGAGAAACGUGAAGAAAGAAGACGCAGGGAUAUGGAAAGACGAAGAGCCAAAGAGGAACCAACUAUAUCUAAGGUGUUAAAGAAUCCAGACCAAGAAAAAGAUACGAGCAUGAAAGAGAGUAAGGAAGAUAAAGAUGAGAAGGUCUCUCCUAAAGACACGAAAAUUCGUAACAAGAGGGAAGAUAAAGUGCGGGAGAAAUUGCCAAGAGACCGAGAUAUUAAACCACUGGUGAAAGGUUACAGAGAAAGGGACGACAGGAAUAAAGAGAGAGAAAUGAAACAACACCGGAAACACGACGAAAAGAAACCGUAUGGAAGGAAGGAAGAGAGAGACAAUCUUAGAGACGACAGGAAAAUGGAGUUGAAGGAGGAACGAAAGGUUGAACCGAAAGAUGAGAAUAAGGAAUUUAAGGAAAGACGAGUGGAGGAAAAACGUGGUAAGAGUUACGAGAAAAUGAGACAGGAGAAGAAAAGACUAGCCGAAACGAAGAAGCAAAGUGUUGAAACUGUUGCAGAAGGCAAUAAUGGUACAAAACCAAAGAAAGAUGACCGAGACCUGGUGCAAAGGAAGGAGAAGAAGGUCGAGGUGGUGCCUGUGCCGAAACGAGUAGAAAAAUGUCAAGUUACUAAGGACGAUGUUAAGAAAAGUAACGAUAAGUCAAGAGUCAAAGCAGAGGACGAUGAUGUAGAACCAGGAGAGGAUAGUAUGAGAGAAGAACAGGUGGAAACUGAUGAAGCAAUAAAAGAACCGAAUGCUCGGGAUACGGAUGCAUUAACAGGGACGCAAGAGGAAGGUGAAUCUUCUGAAGUAGCAAAAUCAAGGUCUAUCGAGGAAAUAGAUAAAGAGACGAGUAACGAUGGACGCGAUGCGAUGAUCGACGUGAAAAUUACCAAGAGAAGAAGCUCGUUGGAAAGUGGAGGAGAAGGCGGAGGUGGCGAUGGAGGGUGUCUUCGUCGUCACAAAUCAUUAGAUGGUGGCGACCAAAAUAAUUUGAAGAAGAACGAGAGCGACGAUAAAGAAAAGGACAAGAAAGAUCCACGAUUGGAACGCAGAAUCAGAAAUAAGGACCGACCUGCAAUGGAAAUCUAUCGUCCUGGAAUGGGGAAGUUUAGUAAGCAACGGUUAGAGCGGGAGAAAUCUAGUAACGACGAGCGUGCUUCUCUUUCCCAGAGCCCAACUCCUAGCUCAGCAACAUCCAAUGCCUCGAAAACAGGAAAAUCGAACACUGAAGUUCGGUCGAUGACGUUUAAGCGCAGCGUCAGUCGUGAUUUACCAUAGCAAUCGGUAUUUUACGUUGAUCGUAAUACGAUUUACACAAGUUCUUAGGCUGUGUCUCAAUCAGAGUUGACUGCGAAAACUGUUCGUUUAAACCUCGCGCAAAGAUACGAAGGAUCUCAUGUUGCAAAUGUCGAGAGAACUGUUUUCGUCUUCUUGCAGUGGCUCCAAAACGCGAUUUUUCGGUGAGAAACGACUUAGGAGUUAUCGAAGAAUAGUCCUUCUCAAUCGAGCUGUCGUUGCCCAGUUUCUCACUAAUGGGUAAGGAUAGUGACGAAGUGAUUUCAGAAAGUUUUCAUCUGCGCUUCGGUUCGACCUCUGAAAUCAACCGACACCCUCUAGUCUCGUUACAGGUAAUUCUCUUUAUAAGAAUCAUGCCGAUAAUCAAGACGUUUCUGAGAAUAGUAAGGCGCGCAUAACUUUCCAGCUACCGGAGAUUCUUGUCGGCGUGAAGGAGAAUCUUUGAGGUCUACAUGCAAUAAUUCUCACGAUCAUAUGACUCUUCUUUUUUGUUUUGAGGAUGAAAGUGUUGGCGUUAACGCACAUUCAUGAAUAAUAGGUGUAUCAAUGACAUACAUGUUCACAAUCGAUCAGAAUUGGUAUUAACAUUGUAGAAAUCAUGUACUAAUAAUAUAAAUGUUACAAUUUU